CUUUAACCAAAUUAUAGGAUCUUUGAAUGAGAAAUUACAAGAAAAAUAUGGAUAACUGGAAUUCGCCUUCGGAUUUUGUCUUUGGUAAUCAUACGUUUGAUUUCGACUUAGGCAAUUUGAGUUUAAAGGACUUGUUUGCCAAAGUGAAGAAACAUGAAAUGUCAGACGAUGAAAAAGCGAUCAAAAUUUUUGCCUAUGCAGUUGCAAUGUUUGUUUCAUUCUUCGGAAACCUGACGUUGAUAAUUGUUAUUUUGUCUACUAAAAGCCUUCGAACAAAAUUCAAUUAUUACAUUCUCAAUCUGGCUGUGGCAGAUAUAUUAGUGCCGUUGACUUGCAUGUGGCUUCAUUUAGUGACCAAUUUUAAUCCGUCGAAAUGGAUUCUUGGUUCUUUUUUCUGCAAAAUUAACACGUUUUCACAAGUAUUCGUGGUAUCCGUUGGAAUAUUCACAUUACUGGUUACCAUUUUGGACAGAUUCCUAGCUUCGGAACACCCUUCUUUAUUGUGGCUCACUCAAGGGCACCAGAUUAUCGUAAUUAUACUGACAUGGGUUUGUGGUGCAGCUAUUGCGUUGCCAUGGCUAUUAUAUACACAUUUAGUGGAACUUGACUUUUUGGGAAAACACGAAGUGCUGUGUCAAGCAAAGUUCCCUUCCAAAGAUUCUCGGAAGGCAUAUACAACAAUAUUUUUCAUAAUUGGUUAUGCGAUACCGAUUUGGAUAAUGUGUGUUUGUAUUGUACUUUCUAUGGGGAAGCGUAAAAAGUCGGACAUACCUAUAACAUUUAUUCAUUCUUCAUCCCUUGACAUGAAGAGGAAGGCACUGAACAUGCUGUUAUCAGUACUGUUAGUAUUUUUUAUAUGCUGGACACCACAACAAUGUCUUAAACUUUGGGAUGUUUUUAGAACGAGAAACGCACAUUCAAAGCUUCCGCCAUGGAUAGAUUCCUAUGUUUUUGCUGCAUAUUACAUGGCAUAUUCCAGUACAUGUUUUCAUCCUUUGAUUUACAUUGGCUUCAACAAAUGUUUCCGACAUGCUGCAAUAGCAAUGAUAAAAUGUAAAAGAAACAAAUUCAGUCCAACAACUGUGUAUCCAGGUUUAGGAUCAGAAGCUCCACUGGAAAACUCCGAUUCAGAAGAACAAGACUCCAAUAGUAUAGAUCUUCAAGGACCUAGCAAUGCCCAGCAACCUAACCUUAAUAAUAACCAUCGUUAUUCCUUCAGUGAUAUACAAUUAGUACAUAGCUGUUACCAAGACCAAACACAAGAAGUCCAACAAGAAGAAUAAAGCUUAGAAAAGCUUUAAACCAUUGGCGUGACAACAGCCUAUUUAUUUACCCACCGGUCUCAUGUGAUCUUUUUAACGAACCAACGCUUAUCCAUUGUAUCUUAUUUGUAUAAAUUCGAAACCCUAACAGGAGCAUACAAGUUGCUUGACAAUUAUUUUCAUAUUUUUAUAUUGAGAACAAUAGUUAUAGGUGUAUAUAACUAAAAGAAAGAUAGAUAAGCUUGUAGAGAAUUAGAUCUGUGCCAUAUGUACGUCAUAAACACCAACAUGGUCGAUUGUAUUUGAGAUAACCUAUUUGCAUCGUCACAGUUCGGCCGACUCCGUACUUUCAUUUAACAGUAGCGGAUUAACCCGAUGAUUGUCGAAUGAACCUAUUUGUUAUGACUGUGAUAUGACAAUACUCAAACUAAAUGUCUGCGGGAACUUGACAAAAUUUAAAAUGCCUCUUUCUUAGCAGAAUAAGACAUGUCAUAUUGCUUGAUGUAACUAUAUAAUCAGAAAUCAAGU